AUGACUCUAUCUAAUUUGAAAAUAUUCAUUCGGAUCGAGGACGAGACUCGGAUUCGCAUGAAGAAUGAGCUCAUCGUUAAGCAGAAGGCGACUACUAACAUUGUGGCUGCUAACUCUGAGAAAGGUAAUAAUUUAUCUUUCAACAAGAAGAAGCUCUUUAACAAAAGGAAGAACCAGAAUCCAAAGAACCUGAACGUUCAGAAGAAGGAGUUCAAGAAGAGCGGCAAAUGCUUCAAUUGUGGGAACAAUAUCUCUGAUUGGUGGUUAGAUACUGGUGCUACUUGUCAUGUUUGCUCCAAUAGAGAUUUGUUCUCUUCUUAUGCUGUUACCAAAAAGAACGUAUCAAUGGCUGAUCAUUCUGUGAUUCCUGUUCUUGGAACUAGGACUAUGGUACUAACUCUCUCUUUAGGAAAGACUCUCACAUUGAAGGAUGUGAAACAUGUUCUCUUAAUUGUCAAAAACUUAGUCUUUGGAAGCCUGCUAUGUGAUGCAGGUUCCUGGACCUUGGAACCAACUCCAUCAUUGAAGCUUGAGAUGCAGAAUUCUUUAAGGAUAAGUUUAUCAAAGAUAAAGGCUUAUUGCUCAAAAAUAUAG